AUGACGGCGACGACGGUCUGGACGAGAGCGAUGUUGCAGGCGAGUACGAGCAGGGUCAGUGGACUGGACAGGUGUACAUGCCGCUUUGCAUCGUCCUCCUCAGCCGCGGCCCGCCGACCUGAAUCGACCUCUGACCCUCGAGUGGAGCAACUGAAAAAGCAAGUCUUUGCGGGACAGAGCGAUCCACUCACGAGCCGGAGUCAGGAACACGAGCGACUUGAGAAAUUGGCGAGCGUUGUGCCGUCCAUUGAGGCUCACGAGACCAUCGAACGAGCCUGGCAGCUCGUCAAGAGGCAGAAGAGAGAGGCAGCGCAGGAGAUGCUCGAGAGGCAGUACGCGAGCAUGCAGCGGGCCCUCAGCGAGCUGGAGACCGUCAGCCCGAGCUUGUAUCGGGCAGCGAUCUCCCAGGCCAAAUUGGAUAACACGUCUACCCUCAAGGGUGACGAGGGCGCUCGCCUCAGUCUCGAGGGAAGGAUACCGAAUCUCUUUCCUCGUCAAACCAAGGUGCCUUCUGCCUCUGUGGGUGACCAGGUAUGGGACAGCAGUUGGGUCUCAGAGAGGAGCAAGGCCGACGACAAGGACGGCAAAUGA